AUGGCGGGGAAUUUUUCCUGCGGGGACGGGGAUGGGGGACAAAAUUCCCCCGAAGCAGUUAGGGGACCAAAACAGUCAAUAUUAAAAACAGUGCAACAAUCAUCAGGUUCUACAGGAACGGGAAGGCCAACGGAUUCACUUUUGGUUGGAAACUUCACAUUUAGUCAAGAGGCAGCACGACGAGCACUCACAAAAUGGGUUAUUAGGGAUGAACACCCUAUGUCAUUUGUUGAGCAAGUGGGUUUUUAUGAGUUUAUAGCCGAGACUCAACCUUUGUUCAAAUUUUAUACAAGAAAUACAUUGAGAAAUGAUAUUGAGAAGAUGUAUGAAGCUGAAAAGGCAAAGCUUCUAAAAUUGUUGGGAAAAAAUUCAAGCCGCAUUGCUAUAACUACUGACAUGUGGAGUGCUGAUUGUCAAAACAAAGGCUAUAUGGCGAUUACGGCUCACUUUAUAGGAGAAAGCUUGCACUUGAUUGUAGAACUAGAUGGAAUUCAACUUAUCUAA